CAGCAACAGCAGCAGCAACAGCGACGUCAUCGUGCCGUCACCUUGCAAGAUGGCGGUAUUUGCGUGGCAACAUUGAUGAGAACAGAAGAAUGACUGUUGGAGAGAAAAAGAUUCAUCUGACAACUCCAGUUUCUCCUCCUCAGUCCAGUUUCUCUUCCUGUUUCUCAUAUUUUCAUCAAACUGUAAAAACACCACCCAGAAGGACGCUCGGGUUUCAGUCAAGAUCUGAAUAAGUAGAGCUGAAACCUGCUGACGAGGAGAGACACAUUUGGAGGACGUUAACUUUGACCAAUAAGGAUUAGAAAUGAGUUCUUCAGAAGAGAUGAAACCAACAGACACAGACAGGACCAGACCUCAUCAGUGUCAGAAGUGUGGGAAGUCUUUCAGUCGGAUUUGUAGUCUGAGAAGACAUGAACUCACUCACACUGCAGAGAAACUGUACCACUGUGAACAAUGUGGUAGCACUUUCAGUGAACUAAAUGCAUACAAUUUACAUCUGUAUACCCAUCCUGAAGAGACACCAUACUGCUGCGACCAGUGUGGGAGGGAUUUCAGCGACCAGAACUCAUACAGAAAACAUCUGCGUGACCACACUGGACCAUACCAGUGUGACCAGUGUGAGAAGAGCUUCAGUUACUUCAGUAUUUACAAGAUACACAUGCGUGUCCACACGAAAGAAAAGCCUUACUGCUGUGACCAGUGUCCAAAGAGUUUUAGUUUUUUAAGUUCAUACAAACGACACCUGCUCAGUCACAGUGGAGAGAAGCCCUACCAAUGUGACUUUUGUGGAAAGAGUUUCACUCAGUCAGGGCAUUUCAGUCUACACCUGCGUAACCAUACUGGAGAGAAACCAUACGAGUGUGACCAAUGUGAAAAGACAUUCAGUGACUUGAGUAGUUACAAGAUACACCUGCGUGUACACACAGGAGAGAAACCAUACUGCUGUGCCCAGUGUGGGAGGAGUUUCUCUCAGUUAGGUAAUUACAAGUCACAUUUACGUAUACACACUGGAGAAAAACCCUUCCGUUGUGAACUGUGUGAGAAAAGUUUCUCUAUUUCCAAAACAUACAAGCAGCAUGUGCGCACCCACACUGGAGAGAAACCGUACCAGUGUAAAGAAUGUGGGAAAGGUUUUGGUCGUCUAAGCAACUACAUGCGCCACCUUCGUAUUCACACCGGAGAGCAACCAUUCAGCUGUGACCAGUGUGGGAAAUGUUUCAACAGUUCAUACAGUUAUAGCCGCCACCUGCGUGUCCACACUGGAGAGAAACCAUACUGGUGUUCACAGUGUAAGAGGCUUUUCACACGUUCACAGUCUUUGAAGAAACACCGCUGUGUAGAAAUAGAAGAGGAGAUUUCAACUGUGUGUAUCAAAGAAGAACAAGUGAGCUGUUCGUCAACAGAAGCAACAAAGGACAAUCAAUAACAACCAACAAAAUAAAUUACAGUGGGUGCCACAGAGGAUACAGCAGACUUUGAAUACACACACAGCACACUUAGGAUCAGUUAAUUGUUGUUGUUUUUUUUUCCCCCAUGGGACCUUUUGACACUAAGACAAAUACAGAAUAUAUCACCAGACUUAUAUAAACCAUGUUUUUUUCUCUGAUUAAGAUUAAGGAAACAAAAAAGUGUGGUCACUAAACCCACACGCACACACACACACACACAUACAUACACACACACAGGAAAAAAUCUGUGAAAACUCAGACAUAUCCCAGGUUUCUUUGCCCCAAAAACUGUUGUUGGAAUGCAAAAUGUGACAAAACAUGCUUUCAUCAUCUUAGAAAAUAUUGCUAAAGUGCAGCCAUUUCCCACAUACCGAGAGACUAGUGCAUUCUUUCAGCACCAGCAGGCUACACUACUGUAAUGCUCUCUUCUCUGGUCUCCCCAAAUAAGCUGUAAAUAGGUUUCAGACCAUUCAGAAUGCAGCAGCACGUCUUCUGACUGACACCAGAAGGAGAGCACACAUCUCGCCUGUCCUAGUCUCUACACUGGCUGCCUGUUAGUUUUAAAACAAAUUUUAUAAAAUCCCGUUAUUAUUCCUCAAAUCACUCAAUGGAUAAGUGCCUGAAUACAUGUCAGAAGUAUUCCCCCGCCUGACAACUCAGGUCCUCUGAGACAGCCCUUUUAGUUGGUCCUAAGUGAGGACAAAGAACCAGUGCUCUGCAGGUAAGCCCCUCGCCUGUGGAACAGCAGGACAUGAGGAUGGCACAGUCACUGCUUAGUUUCAAAAGAAAGACUUCGUUUUUUAUUUUAGCUUAGCCUUUUAAACCUAUUUACUUAUUUAUUUAGUCGAUUUACUUAUCUAUCUAUUUUGUCCUAUUUUGAUUGAUUUUACUGCUUUUUAAUAUCCUUAAAGGGACAGUUUCGUUUUUUUGACAUGGGGUUGUGUGAUGUAGUCAUAUAUACUCAGUACAUUACCCACAGUAGAUUCUGUUCAGCGCAGUUAGGAAAUUUGACUGGCAGCACCCGGCAGAGUGAUAUGUUGUUGUGGGUGGGGCCACGAGAAAAAAAACGUGUUUUAGACCCAUGAAACAAUCCAAUAUCUGUUUAAAGGUAGCUCCAUAUAGAAUAUUUUCAGCGCUGAACAGAAUCUACUGUGGAUGAGGUACCAGCUAUUCAUGAGUACCUCACACAAUGCCACAUCAAACGACCUGAACUAUCCCUUUAAUCACCUUGUAUUGCAGUUUUGCACAAAAGGCGCUAUAUAAAUAAAGCUGAUUUUAAUUGAUUUGAUUAUCUGCCUGAUAUUUGCAGGAAAAAUCCUCCAUAGGGCAUCAAGACCACAAACACGGCAGAGACGUCACAUUCAGUGACUUGAAUUGGCUGAGGGGAUGCCGAGCAGACAACUUGCAGACUGUGACGGCCCCCACCUGUCACUCAAAGCUGUUGUGUUGUCUAGAGUGGAGCACUUCAAAAUUCUGAUUGGUUGCCGCUGCACCAACUGCACAUAGCUCAUUACCAUGAAGUUUCCUGGACUUCAACGUUCUCUGAUGGGCAUGCCACCAACAGACACUGGCUCACAUGGAAAAUGAAUGAACGACCACAGGUGACGUUCUCACUGCUCUGUCUGAACACACAUUUACUUUGGCGCCACCUGGUGGAAAAAGAAAGGGCACAGUGACUGAUUAUUCUCAUGUCAUUCACAUUGAUAAGCAGUAGACUGAUACCACAAUUAUUUUUGUAAAAUUUCAUGUCAUGAGAGGCUCUUUGUCGCAUGCCCCUCAUGUUUGUCAUGUCUUGUCAUGCUGCCACCCCAAUUUAUUGUUGAGAAAUGAGUUGCUCACACAAUUGGAAAUGAUACAUUUGAAAAACUUCAGUGUGUCACACACUUUGUGGCCUUUUCUACUAUUUCCAGUAGAAAAUAGUUCCUAAUAACAAUAAUUCAAACGAUGCGCUGACAACAAGUGGCAGCAAGUCCGCAAAGCUCGUAGUUUUUUUAAAUAUUUGUAUAUAUUAGUAUAUUUUUUGUUGAUUAAUGUUUUUCUAUGUCAUUUCAUCUGACGAACAACUCCUGGCUUUUAAGUUUACCAGAUAUGGAGUUAAACAGAUGCAGAGCUGGGGCUAAGCUAAAGGCUAGUAGAUGGAGAUUUAACCCUUUUCUACCAUCGAUCCACAUGGGAAAUGUCAACUCCCUGGCUAACAAGUGUGAUGAACUGGAGGCACUUAAGAAGAACCAGCAAGCAUAUUGUGUUGUGAGUGCAGUCUCAUGUGUUUCAUGGAGACCUGGUUAAACAACAACUCUCCCGACCGUUGUGUGGAUUUACCCGGCUUCACUGCAGUAUGAGCGGACAGAGACGCCAGUGGAAAGAAUGAAGGUGGAGGACUGGUUCUGCUUGUGAACAAUAGAUGGUGCAACCCUGGUCUUAACACAGGGAGGGAGAAGAUCUGCGUUUGGGAUAUUGAACUUUUGGCAGUUGGUCUUAGACUGUACUAUGUACCGAGGGAGUUCUCACACAUCUUCAGCAUUGUUGUUCAAGCACGAGCAGAGCCUGCACUCGCUUGUGACGUCAUUCACGAGACUGUUGCGAGAGUACAGACCCAGCACCCUUAUGCAUUCAUUGCAAUAUCGGGGGAUUUUAACCAUGUCACUCUCACCUCUCACCUGACUGGCUUGACUCAGUAUGUUGACUGUCCCACAAGGGAAAAUAAGACACUUGAUCUGUUCAAUGCAAAUGUCAAGGAGGCCUACAGUGCUUCAGCUCAACCACCACUUGGCAGAUCAGAUCAUAAUAAGUUUUUUCUUCAGCCUUCCUGCAAGCCCUGUGUACUGAGGCAGGCUGCAACCACCCACUCAUUCAGGAACUGGCCCCCGGAGGCCAGGGAGUCUCUAAAAGACUGUUUUGAGUGCACAGAUUGGAACGUCCUGUUGGAGUCACAGGAAAAUGAUAAAAGGAGCCUGACCUUGAUAGAAUGGUUUAAUGUACCACAGACUACAUUAACUUCUGUAUGGACACUGUAAUACCAGCAAAGAUUUCCAAACAACAAACCCUGGAUCACCAGUAACAUCAAGACCCUCCUCAACCAGAAAAAGGGUUAGGUCUUCAGGGAUGGAGACAGGGAGAAGCUCAGGUGUGUGCAACAUGAGCUGAAGAGAAAAGGCUGGGUCUGUGCAGGAGUGUGGACUCACUCAGGGCUGUUGUGGAGAGAUGCAUGCAAUGUAAGAUGGAGGCCAUCUUAGACAAUACCAACCAUCCUCUCCACAACAUUCUGGCAGGACAGAGAAGCAGCUACAUAAGCAAACGGUCUCAUCUCACUGUGCUGCAGAACAGAGACGUUCAGGAGAUCCUUUGUUCCCACUGCCAUCAGGCUAUACAACACCUCAGCUAAAGGAAGUGGACCAAUCAAAUUAUUAUUGUUUAUUUAUUAUUAACUGUUUUUAUUAUUGUUAUUAGCAACAAUGAGCUAAUGGACACAUGAAUUCCCCUAGGGGAUAGAUAAAGUAGCUAUCUAUCUAUCUUUCUAUCUAUCUAUCCAUCUAUGGAUUAUCCUGCGGUGUUUAUCAUGUGUGAUUUGUUCAUUCUGUAUGUUCUGGGAUUGUGCUCUGUAUGCAAGUAGUUGUAUGAUAAUUAUUGUUAUUAAUAAAUGCAAUUUCAACUUACAGCUGGAAACAUUUGAAACCUUUGUUUUCAGAUUUGAAAUGUCCAGAAUCACAGCUAGACUGUUGUCCUUUUUGGAUCAUAUCAUGUUUUUACAAAGUGAUCCAUUACUUGAAUGUCACAUAUACUCAGAACACAGAGUACUGUUAAUGUCACCAUUGUAUAUUGUGUAUAGUAUUAUUAGCAUUUCAGUAAGGAGAGAUCAAUCGGAUGUGUAUGACAGUGCUGAAGAAGCAGCAGAAGACAGUUUUGGUGAUUAGACUGAAGCAAUGAGGACAGGGGACAGCAACAACAACCCAGUGGAAUCAUGGCACAACCACCCUCACGUCACACAGAUGGAGACCAGGUGGAAGUUACAGAGCCUGGGUGUCCACCUCCUCUUCUGACUGAAUCAGAUGCUAGCAACCGAUCAUCAAUCAAACCAAUCAAAAGCAUCAAGAAGGAAUGCCGAAAGCAGGUUUAACAAACUGAGAAUAAAUUAUAUUCAAACAUCA